AUGGAGUCCUUCUCAAUGCUCAAACGUCGCACCACCGACCUCUUCCAAAAUGUCCAGGACAACCUCCCCUCAAUGCCCUCUGGACCGCGCAAGGAGCCCGGCAUCAACGGCACUUGGGAGCGCAUUUCCAUCCCACCGCUCCCACGCUCCUCCCACUCCCUCGACAUCAUCUCCGGCAAUGCCUACGUUUUUGGCGGCGAAAUCAACCCCCGCGAACCUGUCGACAAUGACAUGCAUGUCAUCACCCUUCCCUGGAGCAGUGCCGGUGCCGACUACUACAAGAUCAAAGCUGCUGCUGCCAAGCAAGAUGAGCUGCCGCCUGCAGAGCCCGAGACACAACGCGAAUCCAAGGGUAAAGGGCCCGCCGGCCCCGAGCCCCCCGUUCUCGGCGAUGUCCCCGGGCCGCGAGUCGGUCACGCCACCGCUGUCAUUGGAAGCCGCAUCUUCCUCUUCGGCGGCCGUGGUGGCCCUGAUAUGAAACCUCUCGAGGAGGCCGGCCGUGUCUGGGUAUUCGACACCCGCUCCCAUACCUGGUCAUAUCUCGACCCUGCCCCCGCCAUCAAGGGCGGUGCCAUUAUCCCUCAUCCUGCGCCCCGAAGCUAUCACUGCGCCACGGCCACCGACCGCCCGAGAGACUUCGCCGUCGCACGCCCCAAAAAGCCCGAGACCUGGCAGCAGUGGGCCCUCGGUGACACCUCCAAGACGGGCAUCCCUCAGGAUCCCAUUAUCGGCAAAUUCGCCGAGGACGCUGUGGAUGAGGAAUCAGAUGGCUAUGGCACCGUCUUCAUCCACGCCGGAUGCGUCGCCAGCGGAGAUCGAGUCAAUGAUAUCUGGGCUUUCAAUGUUCGGGAGCGCACCUGGAGCGAGCUCCCCGCCGCUCCAGGACCUGCCAGAGGUGGUACGGCCAUUUGUAUCAGCAAGAGUCGAUUGUUCCGCUUCGGUGGCUUCGACGGUAAGGUGGAGAUUGGCGGGCAACUCGACUUCAUCCAUCUCGAAGUAGAGACCUUUGAUGAUCAAGGUACCAAGGGCGAAGUCGCCCUCCGUGCCCGCGGUGGCUGGCAAACCAUCUUUGAGAAGAACACCGAGUCCUCUCCAACGGAAAUUACUGCUCAGCCUUCGCAGACGUGGCCAGGGCCUCGCAGUGUCGCAUCACUUGAGGCGCUUACCCUUGGUGGUGGCUACGAGUACCUGGUCCUGAUCAUGGGCGAGCAGAGCCCCAGCUCCGAGGGCCACGCCGGCGCAGGCAAGUUCAGCGACGAUGUUUGGAUGUUCCAGGUGCCGCCGCUGGGCAUGACUGCCGCGAGCGUCACUGCCGCCAUGUGGCAGGCUGUCGGCCGCCCGACCGGCGAGGGCAAGUGGACCAAGGUCGACUUGGCACCCUACGAUGAUGACAAUGACAUCGAGAUGCCUGCGCCCAGAGGCUGGCUCUCGAGCGCCGUGAUGGGCGACCUUGAGGAGAAUGCCAUCCUGAUCUGGGGUGGCUUGGGAGAGGAUAACCGGCGGCUGGAUGACGGAUGGAUCUUGAGACUCGGAUCCUAA